AUGGCCAACGGAGUGAUCCCGCCGCCCGGGGGCGCCUCCCCCCUACCCCAGGUCCGGGUGCCCUUGGAGGAGCCCCCUCUGAGUCCAGACCUGGAGGAGGAGGACGAUGACUUGGGCAAGACCUUGGCUGUGAGCAGGUUUGGGGACCUCAUCAGCAAGCUCCCGGCCUGGGACCCUGAGAAGCCCAGCCGCACCUACAGCGAGCGGGACUUUGAGUUUCACCGGCACACAUCCCACCACACCCACCACCCGCUCUCGGCGCGCCUGCCUCCACCCCACAAGCUGCGGCGACUGCCCCCCACCUCUGCCCGGCAGACCAGGAAGAAGAGGAAGAAGGAGAAAACCUCGGCUCCCCCCUCAGAGGGGACCCCUCCCAUCCAGGAGGAGGGGGGAGCCGGAGUGGAGGAGGAGGAGGAGGAGGAGGAGGAGGAAGAGGAAGGGGAAUCUGAGGCAGAACCUGUGGAGCUCCCGCCCUCAGGGUCCCCACAGAAAGCAAAGUUCUCCAUUGGAAGUGAUGAGGAUGACAGUCCUGGUCUCUCUGGGAGGGCUGCCUUCAGCAAGCCCCUGCCCUCCGUGGGCCCUUGCCCUGACAAGAGCCCCCAGCAGGCAGUCAGCUCCUCAAGCCCCCGGGCCCGGGUCUCCCGAGUCGCUGGGGAGAAGAGCCGGCCCUGGAGCCCAUCGGCCAGCUAUGACCUGCGGGAGCGGUUGUGCCCAGGCAGUGCCCUGGGCACCCUGGGUGGCCCGGAACAGCAGGUGCCCACUGACGAGGCGGAGGCCCAGAUGCUGGGCUCCGCGGACCUGGACGACAUGAAGAGUCACCGGCUGGAGGACAACCCUGGGAUGCGGCGGCACCUUGUGAAGAAGCCGUCUCGGACGCAGGCUGGGAGGGGCAGCCCCGGGGGCUUGGCCCCCAUCCUGCGCAGGAAGAAGAAGAAGAAGAAGCUGGAUCGGAGGCCUCAUGAGGUGUUUGUGGAGCUGAACGAGCUGACACUGGACCGUAGCCAGGAACCCCACUGGCGGGAGACGGCACGCUGGAUCAAGUUUGAGGAGGAUGUGGAGGAAGAGACAGAGCGCUGGGGGAAGCCCCACGUGGCCUCGCUCUCCUUCCGCAGCCUUCUGGAGCUCAGGAGGACCAUCGCCCAUGGAGCUGCCCUCCUGGACCUGGAGCAGACCACUCUGCCAGGGAUCGCCCAUCUCGUGGUGGAGACCAUGAUUGUGUCUGACCAGAUCCGUCCGGAGGACAGGGCCAGCGUCCUGCGCACCCUCCUGCUGAAGCACAGCCAUCCCAAUGAUGACAAGGACAGUGGCUUCUUUCCCCGAAACCCAUCCAGCUCCAGCGUGAACUCGGUCCUGGGGAAUCAUCACCCCACCCCCAGCCAUGGUCCUGACGGCGCAGUGCCCACCGUGGCUGACGACGUGGGGGAGCCAGCCCCACUCUGGCCUCAUGACCCUGAUGCCAAGGAGAAGCCUCUCCACAUGCCUGGGGGAGACAGUCACCGGGGGAAAAGUCUGAAGCUGCUGGAGAAGAUCCCCGAAGAUGCUGAGGCUACUGUUGUGCUCGUGGGCUGUGUGCCUUUCCUGGAGCAGCCUGCAGCAGCUUUUGUGCGCCUGAACGAGGCCGUGCUCUUGGAGUCUGUGCUCGAGGUCCCUGUGCCCGUUCGCUUCCUCUUUGUGAUGCUGGGUCCCAGCCACACCAGCACUGACUAUCACGAGCUUGGGCGCUCCAUUGCCACCCUCAUGUCUGACAAGCUGUUUCAUGAGGCUGCCUACCAGGCGGACGACCGGCAGGACCUCCUGAGUGCCAUCAGUGAGUUCCUGGAUGGCAGCAUCGUGAUUCCUCCAUCCGAGGUGGAGGGCCGUGACCUGCUGCGCUCCGUGGCCGCCUUCCAGAGGGAGCUGCUGAGGAAGCGGCGGGAGCGUGAACAGACUAAAGUGGAGAUGACCACCCAGGGAAGCUAUGUGGCCCCCGGGAAAGAGCUGUCGGUGGAGCUGGGGGGCUCUGAGGCGACCCCCGAAGACGACCCCCUGCUGCGGACUGGCUCGGUGUUUGGGGGGCUUGUGCGAGAUGUGAAGCGUCGGUACCCACACUACCCCAGUGAACUGCGAGACGCCCUGCACUCCCAGUGCGUGGCAGCCGUACUGUUCAUCUACUUCGCCGCCCUCAGCCCCGCCAUCACCUUCGGGGGGCUGCUAGGAGAGAAGACUGAGGGGCUGAUGGGCGUGUCCGAGCUGAUUGUGUCUACCGCCGUGCUUGGGGUCCUCUUCUCCCUGCUGGGGGCCCAGCCGCUGCUCGUGGUUGGCUUCUCAGGGCCGUUGCUGGUCUUCGAAGAAGCCUUCUUCAAGUUCUGCCGAGCCCAGGACCUGGAGUACCUCACCGGCCGGGUGUGGGUUGGCCUCUGGCUGGUGGUCUUUGUCCUUGCCCUGGUGGCCGCUGAAGGCAGCUUCCUGGUCCGCUAUAUCUCACCUUUCACCCAGGAGAUCUUCGCUUUCCUCAUCUCGCUUAUUUUCAUCUACGAGACCUUCCACAAGCUCUACAAGGUGUUCACGGAGCACCCAUUGCUGCCAUUCUACCCCCCCGAGGGGGCAUUGGAGGCUGGGCUGGAGUUGAACGGGAGUGCUGUGCCCCCCACCGAGGGGCUGCCUGGCCCGAGGAACCAGCCCAACACGGCUCUGCUGUCCUCAUCCUCAUGCUUGGGACCUUUCUCAUUGCCUUUCUUCUUGCGAAAGUUCAGGAACAGCCGCUUCCUGGGAGGCAAGGCUCGCCGCAUCAUUGGGGAUUUUGGCAUCCCCAUUUCCAUUCUGGUGAUGGUCCUAGUGGAUUACUCGAUUACAGACACCUACACACAGAAGCUGACGGUGCCCACAGGGCUCUCGGUGACGUCCCCCCAUAAGCGCACGUGGUUCAUCCCACCCCUGGGCAGUGCCCGUCCUUUCCCGCCCUGGAUGAUGGUCGCAGCUGCUGUCCCCGCCCUGCUGGUCCUCAUUCUGAUCUUCAUGGAGACACAAAUCACUGCGCUCAUCGUCAGCCAGAAGGCCCGGAGGCUGCUCAAGGGCUCCGGCUUCCACCUGGACCUGCUGCUGAUUGGCUCCCUGGGUGGGCUCUGCGGGCUGUUUGGGUUGCCCUGGCUCACGGCCGCCACUGUCCGCUCGGUCACUCACGUGAACGCCCUGACGGUUAUGCGCACUGCCAUUGCACCCGGCGACAAGCCCCAGAUCCAGGAGGUGCGGGAGCAGCGGGUCACUGGAGUGCUCAUCGCCAGCCUCGUGGGCCUGUCCAUCGUCAUGGGGGCUGUGCUGCGCCGGAUCCCGUUGGCCGUACUCUUUGGGAUUUUCCUGUACAUGGGGGUCACGUCACUGUCCGGUAUCCAGCUGUCCCAGCGUCUGUUGCUUAUCCUCAUGCCUGCAAAACACCAUCCCGAGCAGCCCUAUGUGACCAAGGUGAAGACGUGGCGGAUGCACCUGUUCACCUGCAUCCAGCUGAGCUGCAUCGCCCUGCUCUGGGUGGUCAAGUCCACAGCGGCCUCACUCGCGUUUCCCUUCCUGUUGCUGCUCACGGUGCCUCUGAGGCGCUGCCUUCUGCCCCGGCUCUUCCAGGACAGGGAGCUGCAGGCGCUGGACUCGGAAGAUGCUGAGCCUAACUUUGAUGAGGACGGCCAGGAUGAGUACAACGAGCUGCACAUGCCUGUGUGACCCUCCACCGUGGUGCCCCUCAGAGACCCUGACACCUUAGUGAUCCACACCUGGGCCCCAGGCAGAGCCCAGCCCUGGGGCCAGCGGGUGCCUCCCAACCCAGAGACGUGCCUGGAGCCAGCCACUCACGCCGUGGCCAGAGCGACCCGCUGACUGCCCCGGGCACUGACCUGGGCUCACCCAGGCCCUUUCACAGACCAGACCGGCACAGGCUUUGAGCUCAUUAUAACCACACUCCUUGUCUUGUGUCUGCCUCACUUUCUUGGUUCCACCCCUGGUCUGUCCGGUCACGCUUAUCCAGCUGGAAUUGGAAGAAUUCUGUUUUCAGGGCCAUCAAAACCAGGGAGAGGUUUGAGACAAGGACAGAAUUCUUGGGGAAAGGGAGAGAAUCAAGACCACAGAAUGUCAGAGCUGGACGUUAUCAUCACCCCCUGGAGCCCUCGCAAGUACAGCUGGGGAGCAGGAGGCUCAAGGUCUGGCUCAAGGUCACAUACUGCUAAUCUAGCCUCUGCUUGGAAGGGAGAUUGUGGGGGACGGGCGAGGGAGGAGGUGGCUUCGCUUUAGCCGUUAGAGAAAUCAGAGUGUCCCCAGUGGCUGUGGGGCUAUGGAAGAAAAUGGAAAAUAUUUUCUUGAUCCCUGGCGUUCUGAGGAGCAGGGUACAGUAGCCCAGUCCCCAAGACACAGGGGUGGCGCUGGAUUUGGGGUCCCUGGACCAUUUUAGAUUCUCACGGUUUAAGAGUGGCAGUUUGGGGAUUCCUGAGGCCACUCCCUGUGCUACAGUCUGUUCUGCCAGAAAUAACCUGGGAGGCCUUGAAGAGGGUGCAAACUGGGAACCCACUGCGUCACAGUUGCUAGGCAACCAGUGCCGAAGUGAGGCCGGUUGUCCCUGUGUUGCCCUCUGGUGGCCACUCUCGCACACUGCAGGCUCUGUCCCCUCCGGGCAAGAGUAGCACUGCCAUCUGGUGGAUCCACUGGCUCUCUUGGUCAGAGACCACAUUCAGGCAACUUCCGUACCUCCUUGGGAGACACGGGGUGGAGGGUGGUUACAGAGAGGUUCCGUGGAGUUGCACAGCCCUGGGUGGCUCUGAGCAUCCGGAGCUGGGAUCCCUCAGCCCCACUUUAGCUGGCCCUGCUUCUUAUCCAUUUCCCAGUUUCUUCCCUGGUGUUCAGGCCAACAGCUAGUGCCCUGAGGCUGGUCAGCAGAGAGGGGACAGACCACUGUGAGGCUGUUUGUUGUGUUCAUAGGGAAGAGCUGCGCCCUUCUAGAUGUCCCAGAUUGUCAUUCAGGUGUGAGCAUUUCGUUCCCGUCGGCCCCUUUGGUCUCUGGCAACACGAUGGCCUCUAACUUCAUCUGGCCUUUGACUGGCUCCCUGGGCCUAUGUGAAGACAAAAUCCCUUUUCCUUUACAUUGGCCAAGUCCAGGUGGAAUUUCAGAGAAACUGUGCCAGGCGCAAAGUCAAGGUUAAAUGCAAAAACCUAGAACACAGACCAGUGCAGAGCAGAUGAUAUACGAGAUGGCAGGGGCCACACACUCCGAUGGCCUUGGCUGAGAGGCUUUGUACACAGGACUCUGUUUUUUUUUCCCCCGAGUCCUGAUCAGGUAGCCUUGGUGGGGGGCGGGUUUCCCCGUUUGGUCUGGGGGAUGCCGGGAGCCCACAGGACAGAGCCAGCUCCUUCCUGAGCCCCUGAGGGGAAGUGAUGACCUGAGCCAGGAAAGCUUGGCUCUUCAUUGGACACAGAUUGUGUUAGUCAUCUCUGUUUGGCAAGUAGCUGAGAAUUGGGGGUGUUCCUCAACUGGAAAAUGAGAAACCAGAGGGUGGGGGCUUUUCUAAAGGAAUGUGUCUUGGUUCUGGCUGGCAUGUCAGGGUGGCUGUCAGUAAAACUAGGCACCGAGGGCCCUCUGAACAGUAGCCUGUGGAGGCUCUGAGAGGCCUGAGGAGGUUGCAGCAACCCGGAAGUUUGCCAGGGAAGGGGCUUUGAGGGAGGCAGAGGAAGGAGUGACAGUGGGGGCCAGGUUAGGUGUGGAAGAGAGAAAGACAAGGGAUGAUGGAACAGUGGCAAACCCAUAGAAAGGCAGCUGCCUUGGCUUGGGGCCUGGAUGAUUAGGGCUCAUUUCACUGGGGGACAUUUGAGUUGGUCCUGAAUCCUUCAUAGCCUCUGUGGUUCCUCUGACUUUCUCUUUACUGACCCUCUAGCCUCAUCCUCCGGGGGCAUUGGGCAGCUUGACUGAGGAUGUCUCCUUCCAAGGGAAGGAGAGGGAACCACAGAGGGGAGCCCCAUCUGGCCCCAUCUGGUGGCACAGCUCUGGGGGACUCUGAUGGGGUUAGAGGUAUUUUGAAUGGGCAGGCCCCACUGCUGCCUGCUUUGGACUGGAAGCAGCUUGGCGAGUGGGCACGUGCAAGGGGGGACAGGACCCUUCUAAUAAGGAGAGCUGUGGGCCCAUUGCCACGGUACCCUUCCCUUGCAGCGUUCUGCGUGGGAUUAUGGUCACAUCCUGGGUAGCUGCCCACAGCUUUCAUUCUCGGACAAGUUCAAGCCCACGUCAGGUCCAGCGAAGUGCUAACUCAUUCUUUUAUUUUCUCUGCUCAUUCUUUGAGCAGAGAGGGUGGCUGGCACGUCCUCGUUCCGUGCUGAGGAUUCAGCUCACUCAAGAUGUCUAUGCCCUCGUGAAAGCUUCUGGCUGUCAGGGCUCACAGACCAUCUGCUUGGACUGCCCCGAGCCCCUCCUUCAGGGCACAGAACCUGGCAAUAAUGUGUCCCAUUUGGCAGCCUCUCUUCUUGUAUCAGGUGACUCAAAUAAGGAUCAUGCCUGUUGACACUUAGAGCUUCUAAAGGGGAUUCUGAGUAGCAAUGGAAAGGCAAAGCAGAACUCAAGGACCCUUGUGCUGAGCGCUGCCCGUACAGCGAAUGACGAAGCUAUUGCUGAAAACAAUAAAGCAGGUUCUGGGCAAGCACUGAAUGGUGGAUUGAAUCCGGUGUGGCAAACGGGAAACCCAAAGUGAGGCGUUUGGUUUCCAGAUAAAUGAAUUCUAUAACUGUCUGAGAGAGAGGACUUGAUGGGUCGUGUGGCUCCCCACUUGUGCAAGGAGCAAAUGCCAAUAUUUGUAGGGUUUAUGUUUUGGAAGGAAGAUUUCACACUUGAGACCUCUGCUGGGAUUAUUUUUAAUCUAGUUGGAAAUGUUUCUUUUUAUUGAACAAUCCUUUGUCAGGUGCUGACCAAGCAGACAGCCUUUGAGAUGUUCUCCGGGGGUGGGGGUGGGUGUCCUGCUUGGACAUCUCCGGGGGGGGGACUGGAGGAGUGGCAGGAGCUCUUGGGACAGGGCUGCCAGGGUCAUGGGAGGUGCAGGACAGAGAGGAGGUGGUCCAGUUGGAGAGAGAGCAGGCCUGGAAGCUGCUGGACGAUAGUGUUGAGGAGAAGGCAUCGAGGAGCAUGUCCAAGGGGACUUUCAACUGAGGCUCCCUUGGCGCGCUGGCCGCGGCACCUCUCCCACUGCCUCUGUGGCUCGUGUUUGUCUGUGUGCCCUCUGGGCCAUAAAAUGGGCAGAGACCCAGCCUGAGCCUUUUUUGUGCCCCUCCCAAUAACAGCAAACAGUGCCUGGUCACAGGGGUGCCUGGAGGGCUUCGGGUGAGCAGGUGACAGAGAAGGAAGGGCCAAGAGGUCAAGGAUGCUGCCCCAUUUAGGAUCCAGCGAAGGCCCAGGAUGACACCAGGAGAACUGUUAAAAAAAAUUCUGACAAUAUUUUGGUUCUCAUCUUUGUUAGUUUCAUGUAUAGCUGUCACUUUCUUGGUGUCCAUUUGUGAUGAUAUCCUCAAGGUCCAAAGAGGCAUCGUGGGUUUCUGUUUGAGCCAGCUGGAGGGGGAGAUGUUGGGGAUCCUGCAUGCCAGGCUGAUGAGCAGACAGUGGCGGGUAGGAAAGUGCCAUCAGGGGCCCCAGCAGGUGUAGGAGCCAAAUGGGGGCCGGACGGGGAGCCCCUGAGAGAUGGCCCUGGGGCUCGAGUCAGCAGGAAGCUUCAUGUUCCAGCUUAGCCGUCCCUUUCGCGCUCCACCGGUGGUUCUCCAAAGUGCUGAUGACCGAGGCACCCGAGUAUUUUCUUCCCGCUGGUUGUGGAGGGCCCAUCCUAUACAGGGCUUCUUUGUAAGAGCUUGCGCCAAUGCCAGGACCCCUGGAGGCUGCCCUCAGGCUCUGUUUUCUCGCCUCCAGCUUCUGCUCUCUGAGGCCCAGCCCUCACCCCCCAUGCCCAUUAUAGCUGCAAGUCAUUUCUCAUUAUUGCUUCUCUUUAGCGUGGAAAGACAAAUACAUGGUAUGUUUAUUUAUUUUAGAAAGGGCAGGACCAUGCCUAUUUCUAUUCUGUUUAUCAAGCAACCUGGAAAGCAGUGUGUAGCGUAUUUGAAUGUUUGGGCUGAUUGGGGGCUGUGAUCUGUGAGGCCCUUCCUGGCUCUGCCGGUCUUGUUAUCGUUGGGGGGCAUUGGGUUUCCGUGGCCAGAGCAUGAGGCUGGGAGUCGGGAGUCCUGGGUUCUAGCUCGGCUCAAGCAUUAGGUGAUGACUUGGGUUACGUCCCCUCAUCCUUCUGGGAGAGUAGGGAUUUGGCUCCAGUGUCUCUUCUGUGGAGCCGUUCUUCCAACAGACCUUGACUACUGCAGUGGCUGCCUCAGGAGGGGUGGGAAGCAGGAGGCUGUAGGCCAUGGUAACCCCCCCAAACAACCACUGGGCAAAGUUACUAAGCUUAAGAACAUUUUCGUUAGCCUUGCCAGGAAAGUAGAUCCUGGGGGAGUCCGCUUUUCCAUUCCCAGGGGAAUUACAAACUCAGGGAGCACAGGGUGUGAGGUAGGGUAAGGAGCUGGGCUGAAUGAUGCUCUUGGCGAAUGACUUUGGGAGUCAUGGCUGAAUAAUCAGACAAAGCUCUGAGAGACAACCGGAAUGCAAUUAGAUGAAAGUUUAAUAUCCGCGAGGAUUGUGCAGUCCCAAGGCAUAAAAAGCAUAUGAAAAGAAUGCAGGAUUCUUUCUUUCUUUCCCUUUUAUUUUAUUUUUUUUAAAGAUUUUAUCUUUUAAGUAGUCUCUACACCCAACGUGGGGCUCGAACUUACAACCCUGAGAUCAAGAGUCGUAUGCUCCAUUGACUGAGCCAGCCAGGCACUCCUAGAAUGCAAGAUUCUUUAGAGUUGGAUGGGAAAAUUUAUAGUUACAUUCUUUAAGGGUCAAAUAAAUGCAAAAUCAGGUGUGGGCCCCGGAUAGGGGUUAUGGACUGGACUCCGGUUUGGAAACUAGUAAUCCAUCACCGGUCUCUAAGGAGGUAGUCUCCUUGGCUGUCCCCAUCUUUAAGUUAGGGAGUUAAAGACUGGGAGUAAGGCUUGACUGGUCCAUAGGGUCACCAGUGAGGAUCCAGUCAGCAUCUACCCAAAAGUUCCCAUUGAUGAACAACCUUAGUUAAAAGAAGGAAAUUAUCUCUGUUAUGGAUAGACAUUUUAGUAGUCCAGGGAAAACACAAAAUUCCCACAGAAAUGUUUAAGGGAAUGAAAACUGUGGUUAUAAUAUUUUCAAGUUAAAGGAAUUUGUGCACAUGUUAUUGUCCUAGCCUGUUCGGGUGGCUAUAACAGAAUGCCACAGAUCGGUGGCUUAUAAACAACAGAAACGUAUUACAGUUCUGGAGGCCGAGAAGUCCAAGAUCAAGUUGCUACAGAUUUGGCAUCUGUGAGAGCCCAGGUCCUGGUUCCUAGAUAGCUGCCUGUCCUCAUACUGUGUCCUCAUAGGGCUUAAAGGGUGUGGGAGAGCUCUCUGGGGUCACUUAGAAGGGCACUAAUCCCAUUUCUAGGGACUCCACCCUCAUGACCUGAUCAUGUCCCAAAGGCUCCACCUCCUAAAUACAUUCACAUUGGGGGCUAGGAUUUCAAUAUAUGAAUUUUGGAGGACACUCACAUUCAGCCCAUGGAAAGGAUACUUCAUGUACUCGUGAUUUUAUUUUAUUUUUUAAAGAUUUAUUUAUUUUGGAGAGAGUGCAAGUGGUGGGAGGAGCUGAGAAAGGGGCAAAUGGAGAAUCUUAAGCAGACUCCCCACUGAGUGUGGAGCCCGAUGGGGGCCCCAUCCCAGGACCCUGAGAUCAGGACCUGAGCCGAAAUCCAGAGUCAGACACCCAACCGACUGAGCCACCCAGGCGCCCCUAAGUUGAAACCUUUCUAAGUUUACAUAUAGUUUGACAAUUUAAGAGAAUAUAAGCUUGACUGUUUUUGCAUGCUUAAUUUAUUAAAUCUUACGAGAGUCACUUUAGUACUUGGGAAGGCUUGUCAGUCAGAUGAAGUACUUAAAGAGGACUGGAAUAUAUUAAAUUUAUAAAUGCUGCUUAAAAUGUUAAAGAGGUUUAAUUAACUAAGUGUAUAAAUGGGACCAAACAUUAAUCAAAAUCCCUCUCAGAGUGAUUGUUAAUAUUUGCUAGACUUAUAAAUAGGAUAAUAAGCUUCCUAAGCUGAUUUUAAAAGCUGAAGGAAGGGCAAUGCAUUUCUGAAUCUCUAUUUUCAAUAAAUCAAAUACUAAUUUUCA